CUUGUUUCAUCAUCACUUCAUCAAUAUAUACAAGCUUAUAACUGUUAGUGUUUUCUCUACUUUUAUUUUGUAACCGAUCAAAUCCAUCAAUAGAAAGAUGGAAGGCAAAGUUGUUGUUUUAAGUGUGCUCAUAAUGAGUCUGGUCACGGCGCAAAUUCAAGUUGAAGCAAAGAUCUGUUGCCCGUCCCAGAAUGCUAGAACUGGAUAUACCAUCUGCUAUUAUACGCCAAGAAUCCCCAAUAGUAUUUGCCUAUAUACCUCUGGAUGCCAAGAAAUGGCUAGCUAUAAUCUAUGCCCUAAGGGAUAUAUAUAUAGCCGUCUCGAAAGCUCAGUGACUCAAGGUGGUGAUGUCAAUGAAUACUGCAAAUUGGGGUGUGCUUCCUCUGUCUGUAGUGCCAUGACCACUCUCAACAACUCCGAUGCUAGUGAAAUUGUGAAUGGAGCCGCUGAAAAAUGUACCGAGGCAUGUUCUAUUCUCUGCACCAAAGGCUUUGUGAAGCCAUCACUUGAAACUUCCUAAACGAGCAUAUCCACGAAGCCAAGAUACCAGAUCCAUGUCUCAAGAAAGUGUCGUUUUUCAUGUUUUCAGUGUGUGUUGUUUUCCCUAUUUUCAAUAAUUGACAAAAAAAAUGCUAGCUGCGCUACUAUUUUCAGGUUGUCUAUAUUUACUAUUUUCGGUUUGUCUAUGUGUUGUGUCGUAGAAGGUUGUGUAUCCCUUCUACUUGUUCUUAUCUAAACAAAAUUGAGUAUUGCGUCCUUCUUGUUCA